CUUUGUGUUCGCGAAGUUGGUAGGUCUUCGCAACUGCUACUUGAAAGCAGUCAACGAUCGCGCUGCAUUGUGGCGAUCGAAUGGCCGCCUCGUCCGAUGUCUGUCCAUUCUGUUCUUCUGUAAUUAGUUUUACUUUAUCUGGUGGUCCCCGCGAGAACGGUAUCCCCCGUCGACCCGGUUUAGUGACAUAGCAACAAUAUUAGCAUUAACAAAAGUAACAUUGAAAUGGAAAAGAGUGCUGAUGGCUUGCUGUUUCGCACUGAAAAAAAUAAUGGUGCCGAGGAAACAGCCAUGGACAUUGUACGUGUUGAUGAGAGGGUGGCUAUUUUAGACGCAGGUGCACAAUAUGGAAAGGUGAUAGACCGAAAAAUUCGUGAAUUAAAUGUUCAUAGUGAAAUUCUGCCACUUGAUACACCCGCAUUUACUUUACAAGAAAAAGGAUAUAAGGCUAUUGUAAUUUCUGGAGGUCCUAGUUCAGUAUAUGCGGAAGAUGCACCUAGAUAUGAUGCUGAUAUCUUUCGAAUAGGAAUUCCUGUAUUAGGUAUUUGUUAUGGGAUGCAAAUGUUAAACAAAGAAUUCGGUGGUACUGUAACCAAACGAGAAGCUCGAGAGGAUGGCCAAUAUCCCAUUGAAGUUGAUACCAAGUGCCUGUUAUUUAAGGGCUUGGAUAAAGAUCAAAUGGUAUUGUUAACACAUGGAGAUUGCAUAGAUAGGGUGGCCGAGUGUUUUCGUACUACUGCCAGAUCAUCAAGCUUCGUAGUGGGUAUAGCAAGCGAUAAAAUGAAUUUGUACGGUGUACAAUUUCACCCAGAAGUAGAUUUAACAUCCAAUGGAAAAACAAUGCUACAAAACUUUUUAUUUGGUAUUGCUGGUCUUACGGGUAAUUAUACGCUCCGUGAUCGGGAAGCACAAUGUAUUCAAUAUAUCAGGAAUACUGUGGGUAACAAGAAAGUUUUGUUACUGGUGAGUGGUGGAGUAGAUUCAACAGUAUGCGCAGCACUGUUACAUAAAGCUUUAAGCAAGGAACAAGUUAUAGCUUUACACAUUAACAAUGGCUUCAUGCGGAAGGGAGAGACACAAUCAGUGGAACAAAGUUUAGCGCAACUAGGUGUUAAAUUAAAAGUAGUGAAUGCUGGUCGCUGCUUUAUGCAAGGCACGACGACUGUUCCUCUGGACAACAUCGCAUCCAUGAUGAACGCUAAUGUAACCAACAAUAAAGGAAUGUGCGGCACGGCGAGUAGCCCGAGAACCAGAUUAACGAAGAUGUUAUGCGAGACCACCAAUCCGGAGGAGAAACGGAAGAUUAUAGGAGACAUUUUCGUAAGAGUUGCGAACGAGACAAUGGCGGAAAUGGGAUUGAAACCAGAAGAUGUUUUUCUUGGACAAGGCACUCUUAGGCCUGAUCUCAUAGAAAGUGCAAGCGCCUUAGUUAGUGGUAAAGCAGAUGUCAUAAAGACACACCAUAACGACAGUGAGCUCGUGCGAGUAUUACGAGCGCAAGGGCAUGUAGUCGAGCCGCUGAAAGAUUUUCACAAAGACGAAGUGAGGCAGUUGGGAUGCGACCUCGGCUUACCAACAUCGCUCGUCGUUCGUCAUCCAUUCCCGGGCCCUGGUCUUGCAGUUAGAAUCCUUUGUGCGGACGAACCUUACAUAGAGAAAGAUUUCUCCGAGACUCAGGUCAUAGUGAAAAUAAUGGCCGAAUACGAGCAGAUGCUACAGAAGAAGCACGCGUUGUUAAAUCGCGUAGAAAGUGCGACUAGCGAAGUCGAGCGUCAGUAUCUCCGCAGAGUGUCGAGUCGUCGUCAUAUCGCGGCGACUCUCUUACCGAUUCGCAGCGUAGGCGUUCAGGGCGAUCGGAGAAGUUACAGCUAUGUGGUAGGUCUGUCAUGCGAGGAGACUGUGUCCGAGGGGAUAGAAUGGGAGGACAUGUUGUUCCUCGCAAAGCUGAUUCCACGCGUGUGCCACAACGUGAAUCGCGUGUGCUACAUCUUUGGGCCACAGCUUCAUCACCCAAUCCAGGACAUUACACCUACGUAUCUCACUUCGAACGUGAUAGCGACCCUGCGGCAGGCGGACCACUUAGCUAAUCAAGUGUUCGCCGCGAAUGGCUGUAUGGACGCAAUCAGCCAGAUGCCUGUUGUUUUAAUCCCCAUACACUUUGACCGUGACGCGGCGUGUCGAACGCUGUCAUGUCAACGUUCCGUUGUGCUUAGGCCGUUCUGUACUAAUGAUUUUAUGACUGGGACACCUGCCAUUCCCGGAAAGGAUCUGCCGAUACACGUGGUAAAGAAAGUGGUAACGGAAAUAUCCACGGUGCCCGGAAUCUCACGCGUUUUGUACGACCUAACGUCUAAACCUCCGGGAACAACCGAAUGGGAGUAGUGAACGCUCAUCUCAUCCCUUUCUAUUUUUUCACCAUCCCUGCGCGCGACUACAAAGCAAAAUAUAUAUAUUUAAAAAAAUAUAUAUAUAUUACAAAACACACACGAAUUCGAGGUUGGAGACUUCUUACUAAUUUAUAUAUGACCUUCGAGCAAACUUUUUCAAAGACAUGCAUUAACAAGUCGUGUAUUAACAGGCUUCUCUAGAAAAAGAAUGGCAUUUGAUUGAAAUUUAAAGGUAAGUAUCGUGUUUGCUUGUAAAUAUGUUUCUCUUGAUUACACACUCAGACUUACACAUUGUAAAAAAAGGUGUGUUAAUUUAUUAAAAUCUAAAGUUUUGUAUUCAAUCGCCGUUAUUACAUCUCGAAUCGUUACAUCCGAUCGACGGUACCAUUAGAUUACUGUUGUACUCGAUCUGCAUAUAACGUUGAACGUGUCUCACCGUUCUUCUGUAUGUCCUAUGCCAAAUGCAGUUCCCAGUUUUCGUUGUACAUCUACAAAACAGGCGGACAUAUAAAUAAGUUAAUGUGUAUCAUGUGCCGAAUAUUUUUUAUUUAUCGUUCAUGAGCGAGUAAAGCGAUGUUUAUUCCUUAAA